UCUGCCGGCGCGGCGGCGGCGAGCGCGGACAUCGAGCGGCGGCCGGCGGGAUGGGGCGCGCGCGGGGAGCCCGCCGCCUGGCGCUGCGCUGACGGGGCCGCCGCCGCCGCUGCCGCUCCGCCGCUGGGGGCCGCCUGCCCGCCCGCGGCGGCCGCGGACAUGUGCCCCGAGGAGGCCGGCGGCGGCGCGGCCGGGCUGGGCGAGCUGCGCUCGUGGUGGGAGGUGCCGGCCAUCGCGCACUUCUGCUCGCUCUUCCGCACGGCGUUCCGCCUGCCCGACUUCGAGAUCGAGGAGUUGGAAGCUGCUCUGCACAGAGAUGAUGUGGAGUUUAUCAGUGACCUGAUUGCCUGCCUACUCCAGGGUUGCUACCAACGAAGGGAUAUCACGCCGCAGACAUUCCACAGCUACCUGGAAGACAUCAUCAACUACCGCUGGGAGUUAGAGGAAGGCAAGCCCAACCCGCUUCGAGAAGCCAACUUCCAGGACCUGCCCCUGCGCACCCGUGUGGAGAUCCUGCACCGGCUCUGCGACUACCGCCUGGAUGCUGAUGAUGUCUUUGACCUUCUCAAGGGUCUCGAUGCCGACAGUCUCCGCGUGGAGCCGCUGGGUGAAGACAACUCCGGGGCUCUCUACUGGUAUUUCUAUGGGACGCGGAUGUACAAGGAAGACCCGGCCCGAGCAGCACCCAAUGGCGAGCUCUCUGCCUGCAGGGAUAGUGAAGGACAGAAAAAUGCCUCAGCUGUUCCAGGAAAAACAGGGAAAAGAAGAGGAAGACCUCCCAAACGGAAGAAGAUACAGGAGGAGGUCGUAGUGAGUGAAAAACAGGAAGAAACCUCCUUGGCAUCCGAGCCUAACACAAGAAAUGGGUCUCAGGGGCCGGGGCAAGGCACUUGGUGGCUCCUGUGCCAAACAGAAGAAGAAUGGAGGCAGGUGACUGAGAGCUUUCGAGAAAGGACUUCUCUUCGAGAACGGCAGCUAUACAAGCUCCUCAGUGAGGAUUUCCUGCCAGAGAUCUGCAACAUGAUUGCCCAGAAGGAAACCCCUGUGCUUACCAGAAUAGAGAAACAGAAGCGCAGAGAAGAGGAGGAAGAACGGCAAAUUCUUCUGGCUGUACAAAAGAAGGAGCAGGAGCAGAUGCUGAAGGAAGAGAGAAAGAGAGAGCUGGAGGAACGGGUCAAAGCGGUAGAAGAUCGAGCCAAGAGGAGAAAGCUCAGGGAAGAGAGGGCAUGGCUGCUCUCUCAGGGAAAGGAGCUCCCCCCAGAACUUUCCCAUCUGGACCCCAACUCACCCAUGAGGGAAGACAAAAAGACUAAAGACCUCUUUGAGCUGGACGAUGACUUCACUGCCAUGUACAAAGUUCUAGACGUGGUGAAGGCUCACAAGGACUCCUGGCCCUUUUUGGAACCCGUGGAUGAAUCCUACGCCCCUAGCUAUUACCAGAUUAUUAAGGUUCCCAUGGAUAUUUCAAGCAUGGAGAAGAAGCUGAAUGGCGGUUUAUAUUGUACCAAGGAGGAAUUUGUGAAUGACAUGAAGACCAUGUUCAGGAAUUGUCGAAAAUACAACGGCGAAAACAGUGAAUACACCAAGAUGUCAGACAAUUUAGAGAGGUGUUUCCAUCGGGCGAUGAUGAAGCAUUUCCCUGGUGAAGAUGGAGACACAGAUGAAGAGUUCUGGGGCCGGGAAGAUGAGAAAAGGGAGAAGCGGCGCAGUCGUGCAGGGCGGAGUGGUGCAAAUCAGGUCUGGACACGGUCCAGGGACUCCGAAGGACCCAGCAGGAAACAGCAGCCUGUGGAGAACGGAGGGAAAGCUUUACCACCUGUGCGCCGACCUGCCUCUUCUGGGGAAGGUCCCAGCAGCAGCUCUACACAGCUCCCUCGGGACCCAGGCACCUCCAAUGGGCAAGGCUUCUCCCGCCCCCCACACUAUGGCGGGAUGCCCACCCAGGCCCCACUCUUGAACCAGGUGAGAUCAGCAGUGCCAGGACCGUUUGGGCCUCUUCGAGGCUCAGACCCUCCCAGCUUUUGCGUGCCCACCAGAGUCCCAGAGCCACACCCAAGGGAGCCAGGACAGCAGCACCCCCCUUUCCCCAUGCAGCCUUCAGUUGGAAUGAACAACCACCGAGGGCCCAGGCUCAGUGCAUCCGAAGAGAAGGCAGUGUGCAGGGGGCUGACACAUCUUUCCAACAUGGGCUCACAUCUCCCUGGAUCUUUGCCCCUCGGACAGAUGAGCGGCCCCAGCCCCGAUGGGAAUAUUUAUCCUCCAACUCAAUUCCAGCCAGGGUUUAUUCCUCCCAGACAUGGUGGGACUCCAGCCCGACCUCCUGACUUCCCAGAGAGCUCAGAGAUCCCUCCCGGCCACAUGUAUCGAUCGUACAAAUACCUGAACCAAGUACACUCUGCUGUCUGGAACGGGAACCACGGUGCUGCCCACACGGGACCCCUGGGGCCAGAUGAGAAGCCCCCCAUGGGGCCAGUACCCCCCCACCAGCCUCACCCUCUUGGUCACAUGAUGAGAACACCACUCCCCCCCACCCAGUGGACUGAGCAAUCAGGCUUCCUACCUCAUGGAGUUCCCUCUUCAGGGUACUUACGACCCCCCUGCAAAGCCGCUCCGCAUCAACCAGCGCCCCCACCAGCAGCCCCCGCACCCAACUCUCUGUUUGGAGCGCCCAGCCAGGCUCUGCGGGGGGUCCAGAGCGGGGACUCCAUGAUGGACAGCCCGGAGAUGCUUGCCAUGCAGCGGCUGUCCUCCCGCGUGUGCCCACCUGGUGUGCCUUACCACCCCCGACAGCUGACACCUCCUCACCCACCUGGCCCCUUCUCGCAGGCGGCUCAUGCGGCCUCCACCAGCCUGCCGGUCCCCAAGCCCCCCGCUGCCACCUCUGCCAGGACGCAAGACAGCAGUGAAGCACAGGAGCCAGCAAACGAUUCGGCCGACCACAUGCCUGGGCUUGAGGAGAAACCACCAAGCGUUGGUGCUUCGGAGGGGGUGUAUCUCAAACAGCUACCUCACCCUACGCCUCCCCUACAGACCGACUGCACCAGGCAGAACUCCCCACAGGAACAGGAAACAGAGGGCCUGGAGCUCAAGAAUGAGUCCUCAGAGCCUAGUGAUAGUUGUAAAGCAGCGAAGGGCAAGAACGCCUGGCCGUCAGACAGCAACUAUGGCAGCCUGGCAGCCCCAGGGUGUGUGCGAGACCUCGCCACACUGGCAGACCCAGGAACUCUUGCUGAGAACGGGGUGAUUGCUGAUGUCUCCCCCUGUGGAUCGGAAGCAAAGGGCCUUGGAUCAGAAAAGCCACUGUGCCCUAGAAGUAAAUCGGUACAAGAGACCAUACCAUGUUCAGGACAGAACGCCGCCUCACCAGCCACUGCAGACCCCGGUUUGAUGGGGGGCACACUGAACCCGUUCUCUUCCCUGUACGUGCCGGGCCUGGAGUACCCCAACUCUGCUCCUCACUACCAUCUCAAUCCAGGCCUGCGGGGUUUGGGGCCUGUGAUGGGCGGGAAGCCCUCCAUCUCCCAUCCUCAGCAUUUCCCCCCCAGGGCCUUUCAGCCUGGCACCCCUCACUCAGGGGUCUUCCCCCAAUACCGCCCCCACCAGGGGGUGCGCUACUCCUACCAGCCCCCCCCUCAGCCAGCCUACCACCACUACCAGCGAACUCCUUACUACACGUGUCCCCAGGGAUUCUCCGACUGGCAGAGACAUCUCCCGGCCCCAGGAAUACCAAGCGGACUCCCUCCCAGCCAGCCUCCCCCACCUCGGCCCAUCUUCUCCGAGAAAAGUGCCAUGGCCAACCUCCAAGGCUGUGAGACCAUGAACGCUGCCUUGACCUCCCCUGGCCGGGUGAGUGCGGCCGCUGCUAAAGCCAUGGGAGGAGUGGAAGGGCCGAACCCUGGGGUCGAGGAUGAGAAGCUGGACGAGUCGAUGGAGAGGCCCGAGAGUCCCAAAGAGUUUCUAGACCUCGACAACCACAACGCAGCCACCAGGCGGCAGAGCGCCCUCUCGUCCAGCGAGUAUCUCUACACGCCGCCACCUGCCCCUCUGAGCUCUGGGAUGGGCUUUGCUUCUCCCCCGUUCCCACCCCCUGCUGUGUUGCCCCCUUACCCCCCACAGCGCCCGCCUGGUCCCUUCCAGCCUAGGGCCUACUCCUCUCCGGUCCCCGCUCACCCACCCCACCACCCGGCAGCCGCCCAGCCCAAUGGCCUCGCCCACGAGGGCCCCCUCUACCGCUGCCAGGAAGAGGGCCUGGGCCACUUCCAAGCUGUGAUGAUGGAGCAAAUGGGCACCGGCGGUGGCAUGCGAGCUCCAUGCCAGGAGAUGUAUAGGCCGUCCGGAUUGCAGAUGCAGCCGGGCCCACCGCAGUCCUCGUUCCCAAAGACCCCAGCAUCAGCAGCGUCACAGGAAGAGCUGCCACCACACAAGCCCCUGACGAUUCCUCUAGACCAGAGUUAGUCCAAGGAGAUGAAAGCUGCGCAUGAAGACUAGAGGCUGGAGCGUGUGGGACGUGGCCCCACACCCCUUUCUGCCCUCGCCGUGCCCUCCACCGAAUCUCGAGGCCCCAGCAGCCCUGCUCCACAGACCACCAGCACAGCCUGCAGAGGUCCCGACUUGGGAAGGCAUUGCCCUCCCUCACAGCUCACAGACAGUGCGAAGGGAACGGCGGUAGCCUUCCCCAGCCUUGAGACUCUUGUUCAGGGAAAAGCCUCUUAGACUGUGGAGAGGCCCACUUAGGAACAGAGCCAUGCUCGCUAGUGCACGAGCGGCUCAACUCAGGUAUAUCUAUUUGGGAAGGGACUCCUUGUAGUAUUAACAUGUUCAGAGCUGGGUCCAGUUUACAGAUUUUUCAUGUUGCCUUUAAAAUGAGUCUUGUUGGUGGUGAAUGUAUUGUAUGGAGUGGGGGGGCUGGCGGGGGGCGGAGAGCUGGGAACACUAGCUGCGGCAGGCACAGAGCACUGGAGUGACCUGACUGUUUACAAUCAUGUCACACUGCAGACACUCAGGAGCGGGGUCUGAGAAUAGGAGAGCUCUGCUCUUGGCAGAAGCCACUGUCUUUCUCAGUGGUUCCCCCCCACCCAUCCCCUCCGGUCAACCUCAGGGUGUGCUUGCACUGCACCUGCCCCUUCAGUGCCUCAGUAUGGAGGCAGAGUGCUCUCACACCUCCUCCUGGAAGUCUCGGCCCAGAAGACUGGCUGCCCAAGUCCUGAAUUGGAGAGAGCAGUGCCCUUCCUGAUUUGGCCCACCAGCCCUCCCAGAUAACUGUAAACCAGCACCAGGAAUUGGGAUCACUAGAGUGUUUGGCUCCUUAGAAGACAAGGCGCACAGUCCUCUCCUAGGCCUGCUGGGCCUGACAUCUAGAAGGCAUCCCAUAGAGCUUUCUGGCACGAAUCACAUUUUACGGAAAUGACUACUCAGGUUUGUAUGUUAGUACCAAUAAAGAUAUUGCACAGUUUUUGAAUAGGAGAAAUGUAUUCUGUAGGUUUACGGAUGAUUGUAGGGAUAUUUCCAUAUUUAGUUUUCUUCAUUUCAAGUGAAUGGUAGGUAGUAAAAAUAAGUCACAGUGAGUUGAAGUAGCUGUCAAGAACAAGUUUUUGGAAAUCAUUUCUCAUACCUGUGAUAGCAAACGUGUUUUACAGUAUUAAAUUACUUGAUGGCAGUUUUAGAAG